AUGACCGAAAAGUCUGCGAAAGAGCCGUCGCUGCCGCAAGACUUGAAAGCGCAGUUCGACCUGCUUGCUGGGACUAGGUGGGACGGCGUUGGCGACGAUGCUGACGCCGCCGAGCACCUCUCGCAGCUCCGCCACGACUGGAAGGCAUUGGGCAAUGCUUGCUACGGCAAAGGCUGCUUCUUGGCCGCAAUCCGAUGCUACUCGCGGCUGCUGGAAGUUCCCGGCGGCGACACGGCACAGAUCCGCAGCAAUCGCAGCGCCGCUUACCUGCAGUCGCCCAUGCUGGUAGGCCCUUCGUUGGCGCUCAAGGACGCCGAGAAGGCCGUGGAGCUGGAGCCGCAGUGGUUUAAGGCCCACCUCCGCGUUGGCGACGCGCAUUGGAAGCGUGGCCACUUCGCCGAGGCAGAGGCUGCGUACCGUGAGGCUCUCGCCCUGCAACCGGAGUGUGCCGCCGCGCUAGCCGGGCUUCGUGCUCUGCAGGUAGGGCCAGCGGGUUUUCCUGCAGCAGCGGCCACAUUUCCGCGCGGUCACACGGAACGCACGCCGUACCACAACGCGUCGCCGUCACUGAGGCCGCUUUCGUCCAGCACUACCAACCACACGGCUGCGGCGGCGCAAGCAAAGGAAGAGGAACUGCAGCUGACACCGGAGCAGCUCAUUCACAAGUGGAAGGCGGACAUCAGCACGCGUGAGGGCCGAACGGGCUGUCGACCGCGACGGGUGUCGCUCUCGCAAGCCGACAGGCAGCAGGGUGCCGCCGUUAAGCAGGCGUUGCUGGAUCGCUUCCGCGCUAAGCUCGAGUCCAACGGUGAGUUCAGCGCAACCCUUCGCGAUCGGUGCGAGGAGGCCAUGCUGCAUGGUGACGGGGUCAACUACCGCGAUGCAGAGAGACUUCGCAUCACUUACUCACACGCCACGAACGGCAUCGGGCUUGGCAUCUCAUCCGACGCCUACAAGGAGUACAGAGGACGUGUGGAUCACCGCACGUGGUGA